AUCGCUGAUUAUUGUUUCCUUUUCUCUUUUCUGCCAAUUUAGUGUUUGGUUUUCGUCGUAAUUUGCAUCGGAUGUUAAUUCUAAUUGUUGUUUCGUUGUAAUUUUAGACUCUACUUGGAGAAUCAAUGUGAGCUAAUUUUUUGUGUUGAUUGUCUAUGGAAUCAGUUAAUUCUCACACUUAAAUUGUUGGAUUGAUUUCAUCAACAAAGGAAAAAAGGUUCCAUGUAUCUGGUUACCAUUGGAAUUUUAUCCCUUCUAUUAAAGUAUAUACUUUUUUGAGACAAUUGGUUGAUGUUCUUGCAAUAACAAUUGGCAAAAAAGACACUUAUCUUAUAUUGAAAAUUUCCAUGUGAAUGAUAUGAUUUGGUGAAAAUUUAGCUUUUUCUUUUCUCCGGUUAUAAACCUUUACCAACCAGGAAAAAAAAGAUUCAAUUGAUUGGGGAAGAGAUCGUUGAUUGUCAUCAUUUUAAUUGUAGUCAAAAUUAACUUUGAUUAAUAUCAAUAGGAAAACAACACCAACGCGUAAGUCAAUGAACCUGAUAUAAAAUUUUGGUUCUAUUCUAUUCCAUACUCAACAACGUAACAUUCAAUUUCAUUCAUUUGUUGGUGUUGAUAUUUUCCCUCUCUCUCUCAAACACAACAUCCUCUCUUUCUGUAUUUUUGUGUCUCUUUCAAUUGCUUUGGUAGCUUUUAAAUUCACCAUCACAACAACAACAACAACAACAAUCCAACAUCGAGAUGGGACAACCUUCGGGUCCAACAGCUUCCGCUUUGAGAGCCCUUUCUAUGGAGUUCAAAUCUCUACAAGAAGAACCAGUUGAAGGUUUUAGAGUUAAAUUAGCUGAUGAUGAUAAUUUAUUCAUAUGGGAAGUGGCAAUAUUUGGUCCACCACAUACUCUCUAUGAGGGAGGAUAUUUCAAGGCCAAUAUGAAGUUUCCAAUUGAUUAUCCUUACAAUCCACCAUCACUUAAGUUCCUUACUAAAGUUUGGCAUCCAAAUGUUUACGAAAAUGGUGACCUUUGUAUAUCUAUUUUACAUCCUCCCGUUGAUGAUCCACAUUCGGGUGAACUUCCAUGUGAAAGAUGGAAUCCAACUCAAAAUGUUCGAACUAUUUUGUUAAGUGUAAUCUCUCUGCUGAAUGAGCCAAACACCUCGUCGCCCGCUAAUGUCGAUGCUUCCGUCAUGUAUAGACGAUGGAAAGAUUCAAAAGGCAAAGAUAAAGAAUAUGAAAAUAUAAUUAGAAAACAAGUGACGACUACUCAUAAUGAAGCAGAAAAAGAUAAUGUCGUGGUGCCAACAACAAUCGAGGAAUAUUGUAUUAAACAUAAGUCUAAACCACCCGAGAUGGAGGCCGAUUUAGCCGAUUUCUAUGAUGAUGAUUAUGGAGACAUGGACGAUGACGAUGAUGAUCUCGAAGAAACUGAUGAAGAAGAUUUCAAUGACAAUGAAGAUUCAGGAAAUGGAAUGUAAAAAAAAUUGAUGUUCAUGAUGAAAAAUUCAAUCGCCUAUCAAACUUCUGUAUCUUCUAAUGCAAAUACAUGAAUACACGACGAAUACCUAUU